AUGGCUGGAAUUACACGACCGAUGAGCCAAAUGAAGAGACUUGAGAGUAAGGAAAACCUCUUCCGUACCCGGAAGCGUAUCCUGAAGUACCUAGUUCUGGCGUUCUUGAAGCAGGAAGGAUACUUCCACGCUGCGGAGACCUUCGCUCAGGAGGCGUCGUUGGGGGGAGACUACCAGCUCUGCGAUAACAUGGACUUGGAUAUCAUAUUGCAGGAUUACUGCAGCUACUACCUAAUAAGGUUUAACAAGCAACCGCAGUUUGUGCGUAAGGUGGAAGACCAGCCUUUGGCCCUGGUCAACCCUCGGCCACAGACCAGGAAACAGCGCCGCUCCCACGUUUCAGACACGCCAGAUUGCGAGAAGAAGGAGACCAACUUGCCUGCUAGCUUUACUAUCACUAGCUUGUCUAAGGAAGAGCCACCAGAGAAACCAGAAGACAUCCCACCGGUUGAAAGAAAAUCCUUGGCUGUUCUCCUGAGGAAUGCGUCUGCUGAGAAGAAGGAACUAGUAGAACUGUUAUACCAAGACAUUAUCCGACCCACAGGCGUCUCCUGGGAUGAUAUCAAGGGGCUGACAGAGGCCAAGAGCUUGCUGAUGGAAUCUGUAGUUUAUCCGGUCAGAUACCCAGAAGUAUUCACGGGUCUCCUGGAGCCGUGGCGCGGGGUGCUCCUUCACGGGCCUCCAGGCACCGGGAAGACGUUGCUGGCGCGCGCGGUGGCAGCUGAGGGCUGCUGCACCUUCUUCAACGUAACAUGCAGCACCCUCGUCAAUAAAUGGCGCGGGGAGAGCGAGAAGAUUGUAAAGGUGCUCUUCGAGAUGGCAUCAUACUACUCCCCGUCAAUUAUCUUCAUUGACGAGGUGGAGACGUUAGCAUCAGAGCGCUCCUCGGUCGGUGAGCACGAGGCCUCGCGCCGGCUGAAGACGCAACUCUUGACGGAGCUCGACGGAGUCACGCACGGCGAUGGGCUGGUGUUUCUGUUGGCCAACUCUAACAUGCCCUGGGACCUAGAUCCAGCUAUGCUGAGACGUCUGGAGAAACGCAUCUACAUUCCCCUCCCCGACUACAAGACCCGAGUGGAAUUGUUCGAGAAGUUUCUGUGCAGCAAGAGCAUAGAAGUAUACCCGAAGGUGGAUAUACACGAGCUAGCCACGAAGACUGAGGGGUACUCAGGGAGCGAUAUCAAGCUGGUCUGCAAGGAGGCUUUAAUGGCCAAUGUUAGGAAGAUGCUGCCUCAUAUGAGCGGGAAAGGAGCCACGCCCCCUCGCAAAGACCGGCUGAACCUGUCAGACAUCCUCACCGCGAUUGAGAAGACCAAGCCAGUCUCUAAGAACCUAGCGAAGAAGCACGAGAUCUGGCAGAACGAAAUGGGGUGCUCUUAAACAGAGUGAUUGAAUAAGGAAUAAUACUACGUAUAGAACGGCAACUCUCGACUCCCCACCAACGGCUGAGCUAGGUUUAACUCGCCUCCCACGGCCUUACUUUAGUCUUUAAUCAGGUGGGCGUCAGACGUUACACACAAAUGCGUGUGUACCAUAGAUGUCUGUGCAAAAACGAGGUAUUUUGUAUGAAGUGUCCGGGGUGUGACGGGGUCUAAUCUUGUUAUGAUUACGUCACGAGGACUACAACCAACAGGCAUAGUAAUAGGAUGGUCCUUUCCAUACAUUUUAGGUUUAUCUAAUACCUACCAAUGCUCGCCACCGGCUCUUUUUUGUAGUGUGGGUAGGGAACGUAGUAUAUGUACAGGGUGAUAGUGACGCCUCAUCGAAUACCAGAAUUAUGAGCUGAAUCAGCCCCUCGGUACGGUACAGUAUUACUAACACCCUGUAUAUUUUUACACAAUAUCGCGGAGUAAUCAGUAAAUAUUACAAAAUUGAUUAAAAAAAUUACAAAUAAAACAAAAAUGUUU